GUUUCCCUCCUCGCUGUGCGUGGGGCUCGGCCAGAUGGUGGCCACCGUGGCCGUGCUGUGGGCGGGCAAGGCCCUCAGAGUGGUCAAGUUCCCCGACUUGGACAGAAGUAUACCUCGCAAGACGUUUCCGCUACCUCUCCUGUACUUCGGGAACCAGAUCACGGGACUGUUCAGCACGAAGAGACUGAACCUGCCGAUGUUCACGGUGCUGAGGAGGUUCUCCAUCCUGUUCACGAUGCUUGCAGAAGGGGCUCUGCUCAAGAAGACUUUUUCUUGGGGUAUUAAAAUGACUGUAUUUGCAAUGAUUAUUGGCGCCUUUGUAGCUGCCAGCUCGGACCUGGCCUUUGACCUGGAAGGAUACGUUUUUAUUCUGAUAAACGAUGUCCUGACGGCAGCAAACGGCGCAUACGUGAAACAAAAACUUGACUCGAAAGAGCUGGGGAAGUACGGCCUGCUCUAUUACAACGCGCUGUUCAUGAUCCUGCCCACCCUGGCCAUCGCGUACUUCACAGGAGACGCCCAGAAGGCGCUGGAGUUCGAAGGCUGGGCAGACACCCUGUUCCUUCUGCAGUUCGCCCUCUCCUGCGUGAUGGGGUUCAUCCUGAUGUACGCCAUCGUGCUCUGCACGCAGUACAACUCUGCUCUGACCACCACGAUCGUGGGCUGUAUUAAGCAUCGCCGGGAGCCUGGUGUACUCCUACAUCACCUUCGCCGAGGAGCAGCUCAGCAAGCAGGCGGAGGCCAGUGGCAAGCUGGACAUCAAGGGGAAAGGAGCCGUGUGACCGUGGCCGCCGCUGCCCCGGCCGGGUGCUUCCGCGCCGUGAGAGCCGCCCUUCCUUUGCACGUGUACAAUCCUGGAUCGAUCGCUGCCUUUGGAAAUUUUAUGAGAGAAGCUUAGAAUCGACUCUAUUUUAAAUAUGUCAUGGGAAUUAAUUUAUAUCAGACUGGAAAAUGUUCUGGGCUUUUUAAUUUAUUUUUCUUCUAUCCUGACAGUGAGACCAAUGGGUUUUUUUUGUUGUUUUUUUGGUACCGGGACUCGAACUCAGGACCUUGUGCUUGCCAGGAAGGCUCUUGUGCCACCGAGCUACAUCCUUGGCCCUGGCCCCCGGGCUUUGAAACUUAUUUAUUCCACGGUUUGCUGUCCGGUGUCCUGAGAGCCACAUUCAUCCAGGGCCUCGCUGGUCAUGCUGUCCCUGGAGCGGGCUCCUCUCCCCUGCAGAGCUGCAGCUGGGGCUGCCAGGCCUCCUCCUUGAUGGCGUCACAGUGUCGUCACGGCCCUUGCCCCGACAGCAGCACUGGUUCCGGAAACCACAUGGGGUUUGGAGUGUGCUGCAGUCCCUGGGGCUCCGCACGAGCUCAGCGUGACCCUGAGAACACACUGUCCCCCUGGUCGCCUGGGCUGGGUGAGUCGGGUGGAGGCCGAGCUUCCCGUGGGGCAGAAGAGCAGGUGGCCGCUGUCGUCCCCGGCCCUGCCUGCCCUGGCCUGGGUCGUGGCCACUGUCAGUCUUCUGGAGCAACUCGACGGCCACGUGCAGGCGGCGGCUGAGCGGGCAGUUCCUGUGUCACGGAGCUUUGCUCUUCCUGUGGGUCCGUGUCCUUGUCCUCUGGACGUGCGGCUGUGUCCUGGCCUUGCUCCCUGGCUGAGCUCCCAGCCUCUGUCCCACCGCACUGCACCGGGAGCAGCCAGGAAGGUGCCAUCGAUCCCCUCGGAGGUAGCUGGACUGGGCGCCGCUGGAUUUUGACUUCUGAAACGUCACGUGGAGCGCAGCCCCUGAGCUCAUGGCCUUCCGCGAGGCAUCGCCGGCCUGCGGGAAGUGCAGUGGGAACGGAGCUGGCACCUUAGGGUCCUGCUCGUCUGUUUUACCAGUGACAAAAGACACAGAGGCCCGAGCCCACCCCUGCCUGGGGACAGAGCAGCCCUUGUGAGCGCGUGGGCCUCUCCCGGGCGGGCAGCCGGAGCAGCAGAGUCCGCUGUCGGCAGGGCGGCAGGUCCCCCUGUCCGCAGGCCCGGGACCCAGGGCCGGCCAGCUCCGUUGAUCUGCAGUUCUGCCGGCUGGACUUGGUGGGGCGCGAAGUGAGAGGCGACCCGUGCUCUGUCCCUUCUGGAGCCCGCGGAGGAGCGCACGGGGCCAGAUUGGCCUGGGGAAGGCUGUUGGGCCGGGCUCUGCGGGGCUCGGGGGCAGCUCCGCUCCGGCCUCCUGCUGGCUCCGGAGCUCCCUGUGCAGUCGGGGCUCCUGCCAGCCAGCAUCUUCUGGCCUCACCCAGCUGCAGUGACCGCGCGGCGGGCUGGGUGGGCACGGAGAGGCCCCUUGCUUCUGGGGCGCCUCCCAGGCCCGGCCCUCGCGGGUACGUUUUGCUGUGGUCACCUGGCAGCGCCCUCGAUGGCCGAGCGCCCUGGGGCGGUGGAGGCAGUGGGACUCCGUCCUGUGGGGCCUCUGGGGCGGGCGAGUGGGCGGCAGGGAGCUUCGGGGAAGCCAAGUGUGCGUGAGCUGCUCCCUGCGUGGUGGAGGUGGGGUCCUCUGCAGCCGUCCGCAGGCGUCCAGGCAGACUGGGGUGGCCACGGGUCCUGGCGCUUGGCCCGGGCCGCUGGUUCCGCAGUGGCUGAGCCUGCAGCUGCUGGGUGCCCUGCGCGCCCCGGGCUGCGGACAGCUGGUUCUCCUCUGUGGAGGACACCCACUUGCCCAGGCAGUUCGUGUCUGGCCUCUCAGGUGACUGUGUGGUACCUUCGCCGGGAGCAGAGUGAGAGCCAGAGCUGCUGAGCGAUGCCGGGCCCGCAAGGGGGAGGUGCUAGAUGCUAAAACCCUACCCCCGGGGCUCGGACAGCGCUUUUGUUUGCACACCAUCUUCCCUCAGGUGCCUAUGGACAGUGCUGUGGCCGCUGUGGGAUGCGGGUGAUUCUUCCUGUUUUUUUAAAAGAACAACUUUGGUGUUACGUUAAAAAAGGGAAAACAUUUUUUAUCUCAGAAGACCUGCAUUUCAUAGUGGUGAUUCAAUUAAAACCUCAGCUCCCCGCUCCACCAAACGCAGCCCUGUGGAGGUGAGAUCCUCUUCCAGUCUAAAGUUCAUGCUGGACACACCUGGCCUCCUGUCCCACUGCAGCUGCCAGUGCGCCACCACUCUCCUCCAGACCUGUGUGCCAGCUCCUACUCCGAGGGUGCAGGUCCUUGUGUGGAAAGACAUGCCCCGGAGUUCUCGGUUUUCUAAGGCUUUGUUUAGUUUGAAGAUCCUUUUUAAAAAAGAAAUCUACUGGUUAGAUUUACGGUCUCACAAAAAUGUUUUUAGAGAUUGUUUUGUUCCUGAACAUUUUCUUUCUCAUGCUGAUGACCAACUUGAUUUUUGUCUACAAAUGUUAGCCUCUCACGAUAUUUUUUCAAUAUAGAUUUAUUCUAUUUACCAAGUUAUUAUUUUUUAAAGGUACUGAGGGUUGAGUCAUGUAAAUCAGGUGAUAUAACAUGAAAAUUAUGUGCCUAAAUAUUUUUGUUAAUGGUGUCAAAUAAAUACUUUUUCCUGGAAA